UCCUACCCUUUUGGGGAUCCCUACACUGACGUCAGUAGCUGGCAAGUGGCACCUGUCGGCGAUUCUCUUUCAUCUUCCUUUCCUUUAAGUUUUUCCCACUUGCACUCUUUCUAUCACUUCCUUGUUCUUCCAACCAUUUUUGUUUAGUGGUUCUGAGUCACAUAGGUUCCUUCCAGGGGCAUGAGUGAGUGAAUUUUGACCAAUGGCAAGCAUAACAAAGGGAAGAGCAGAUGUGAACUCAAGAAAAAGAUUGGUCAUAACUGUGUUGGUUUUGGUGAUUGUUGGUGCUUUCUUCUACUUUUAUUCUCAGAGUAAUGAUUCAUCUGAAUCUCCUGUUGAGUAUGGUGAUAAAUCUUUAAAACACUUUGGUUUGGGAGGGGACAAAGAUGACGAUGAAUCUUCCUCCAUACUUGGAGGAGGAGAGGACAGUGUCAUACCAAAGAGCAUUCCAGUCUGUGAUGAUCGUCUAUCAGAGCUGAUUCCUUGUCUGGACAGAAACCUAAUAUACCAAACAAGGUUGAAGCUUGAUUUAUCUUUGAUGGAGCACUAUGAGAGACACUGCCCUAUACCUGAGAGGCGUUGUAAUUGUUUAAUUCCUCCUCCUCCCGGGUACAAGAUUCCAAUAAAGUGGCCCAAAAGCAGAGACCAGGUAUGGAAGGCAAAUAUACCUCAUACACAUCUUGCAACUGAAAAAUCUGACCAGAAUUGGAUGGUUGUGAAAGGUGAAAAAAUAGUUUUUCCUGGUGGAGGAACCCACUUCCAUUAUGGUGCUGAUAAAUACAUUGCCUCAAUCUCUAAUAUGCUCAAUUUUCCAAACAAUAAUAUAAACAAUGGGGGAAGAGUCAGGUCUGUUCUUGAUGUUGGUUGUGGUGUUGCUAGCUUUGGAGGAUAUCUUCUUUCUUCUGAUGUGAUAGCAAUGUCAUUGGCACCAAAUGAUGUUCAUCAAAAUCAAAUUCAGUUUGCCUUAGAGAGAGGAAUUCCAGCAUAUCUUGGAGUGUUAGGGACCCUAAGACUCCCUUAUCCAAGUAGAUCUUUUGAAUUUGCUCAUUGUUCUCGCUGUAGAAUUGAUUGGCUUCAGAGAGAUGGUAUACUUCUCCUUGAGCUGGAUAGGUUACUGAGGCCAGGAGGUUAUUUCGCGUACUCAUCUCCUGAAGCCUAUGCACAGGAUGAAGAGGAUAGGAGAAUUUGGAAAGAAAUGAGUGCUCUUGUGGAGAGGAUGUGCUGGAAAAUAGCUGCCAAGAGGAAUCAGACUGUUAUUUGGGUCAAGCCUCUGACAAAUAGCUGCUACUUAAAGAGAUUGCCUGGAACUCAGCCUCCACUCUGCAGAUCUGAUGAUGAUCCUGAUUCUGUUUGGGGAGUUAAAAUGAAAACUUGCAUUUCACGCUAUUCAGAUCAAAUGCACAAAGCAAAAGGAAGUGGUUUGGCUCCUUGGCCAGCUAGAUUGACUACUCCACCACCUCGUCUAGCAGAAAUUCAGUAUUCUACUGAAAUGUUUGAGAAGGACAUGGAAGUUUGGCAACAACGAGUUCAUAAUUACUGGAGCAAGCUAAGCAGUAAGAUUAAGCCUGACACAAUUCGGAAUGUGAUGGAUAUGAAGGCAAAUUUGGGUUCAUUUGCGGCGGCUUUGAAGGACAAAGAUGUUUGGGUCAUGAAUGUGGUGCCAGAAAAUGGACCAGAAACUCUCAAGAUAAUAUACGACAGAGGACUGAUAGGAACAGUUCACAACUGGUGUGAAGCUUUUUCAACCUACCCUCGUACGUAUGAUCUACUCCAUGCAUGGACUGUAUUUUCUGAUAUUAUUAACAAAGAAUGCAGUCCAGAAGAUUUAUUAAUUGAGAUGGAUAGAAUCCUGAGACCAAAAGGUUUCAUCAUUGUCCAUGAUAAGCGGUCAGUGAUAGAGUAUAUAAAGAAAUACUUGUCAGCAUUACACUGGGAGGCUGUGACCAUGUAUGAUGUAGAUCAAGAUCAGGAUGAUGCCGUAUUUAUAAUUCAAAAGAAGAUGUGGCUCACAAGUCAUAGCAUCCAGGUUUCAGAAUAGUCUCAUAAUAUUCACUUAGAGGUUACCAAUGCUAGGUAUAAGAUAUGGCCACACUUCCUUCUAUAGAUUUCUAAAUUCUAAGGCCUAAGCUUUCGAUGUUGUUUAUUUUUAUUUUUUUGUUCCUUUUUUUUGGUUAUUCUCUUCACUUGACGUAAGUCAUAGUGAAAAGACACCUGGAUCAUCUUGUUUUUAUUUGAAUUUAUUAAAUUUUGGAUUUUUUUUGGGUCCAUGGAUAUGAUGUCCCAAAACUAACAAUCAAAGAUUAAUUUACUUU